AUGAAAACCAGACGUGAGGCCAAUCGCUACAACGCGACAACAUCGUUUAUUGACCAUUCCUCGGACGGCGAGGAUGCAUUUCCAACCGGAGAGGCGUGGAAAUUUGACCAUAAUACAGGAAGAGCGGGAAAUGACUCCGAUAACCUUGAUUCUGUGUCUACUUACUCCAUUACCUCGAUUCCCACGAGCGACGAGAUCGAUUUGGUCGAAUUGGCGCGAUAUUUGGAUGGACAUGGGGACGAAAGCAAAAUGGUUGCUAAGAGCUUCCAAACCCCGGUUGCUACUGGUGAACGGAGGAAAAGGCAGGACCAAGGUACCAAGGAAAAUGAUUGGAGCGCUAAAGCGUCCAGAUCAGAGCACAACAACCGAGAUGAGUAUGGAACGGUUAACAAGCAGUUUAUCCAAGAAGAAGAGGCACAGUUACCCUCGAACCUAGUUCACACACACGACGACUUACCCUUCGAUAGCUAUGCCACCCCUACGCCAAACCUCCUCAAGUCUGCAAUGAAAAACCGUUUGUUUAGUCAGAGGUUAAUGGGCCGAAAGUACCAACAAGAGGUUGAACUAGGACACAGUCCGAGACAAUGGGAGGACAAAGAUCAAAACAUUCACAUAAACGAAAACACUCAUAGGGUGGAUGAUGAUCGAGACAGGGUGGAUCUUGACCAUGACAUCCAUAGGGUGGAAGAAGAUGGAAAAACUCGCAGAGUCCAUGGUACCAAAUUUGCAGACCAUGAGAACCCCAUGUUUGCUUCCACUCCACUCCUCAGAGGUUCAAAGAAGGAGGGGCUUAACGUACUGACGGAGCACCCGCAUAAACCUCUAUCGGUCACCGAAAGGAGAUUUACCAGCUUGGCCCACCAGUUGCACUCCAUGAGCCAAGAAUUAGAGGAAUCCCCCCAGUUCCAAGAGAGGGAGAUACCCAUGACGGAGGAACGUCCUCUGCCCGUUAAGGCUGACAGCGUAGCUCCGGCUUCGAAUCCUACUCGACUGGUGGAAACAGCCAACAUCCCUACUAGUUCAGUGGAUAUGGAGACAUUUACGAAAUUAAUGGAAAAAUUGAUGGUUCCCGUGUUAGAUAAUUCUCACCUUCUUCAGAUUAUUGACAAAUUGGUACUUUCCCAACAGUCCCCAAAGCUCUAUGAGCAAACCAGACCUGCCAUUCUGGAAAUCCCAAUCAAAAUCCACGUUGACAUCCAAAACCCUUCGGUCUUUGGCAAAAGGGAUGUGGAGGUGGCUAGUAACGCCAACUUAUCUGAUGCCUCAACCAAGGUUGGAGAGCUGGAGAUUGAGCCUGAAACCAGGGUCCACUCUAAACAUGCCAAAUUGCCGAACGACCAAGAAACUCUUGCAGCCCAGCCUAAAAAGUCAUUUCCCGAACAAGGUCCCAUUACCGAAAGCAACAGCAUUGACAUUGCCGAGAGCAUCGCACCACAGAGCGCUCAUCACACCAAAGAACGAUCUUCAAAACGAGAUUCCUCAAAUAAAGGUGCCGAACCGCUCAAAGAAGCGGUUACGAUGAACUUACUCGAUAGACCAGAGUCGAAUCACAAGCCGGAAAGCAGCUUUGAGCGCUCUGGGGGCUGCGAUGAGUUGCGGUGCUUGAAAGCCUUUCUAAGAUCUUCACUUCCUGGGGACUACAUCCUAAGACAGUUUGAAUCAGGCGGAGUCUUGACUGGUGAUGUUCCAAAAUCGGCUUACAGAGAGAUGAACGAGUACAAAAGAGAGAAGGAGACCGAGGAGGAAAGGUUUGAGUUAGAACAGCGCUUGCGGGCGAGUGAGAAGGAAAAGCUUGAAUUCGAAGAACACUCAAUUGAAGAAAAGGUCAAGCUAGAGGAGCGUUUGAAGAUAAGCGAAGACGAAAAGCAUGAUCUCAGAGCACGCUUGGAGACGUGUAACAGGGAAAAGUCUAACCUUGAAGGACAAUUGAAGGCGGGCGAAAGAGAUAAACAUGGUUUUAAUGAACGCAUAAAGUUUGACAAAGACGAAAAGACUGAGCUUGAGGAACGUUGGGAGAUGACUGAAAGGGAAAAGUCUGAAAUCCUGGAACGCUUGGCGGCAAGUAAAGAGACUCAUAAACACUUGAAUGAGGAACUAGAAACCAUGAAGCAAGAAUUGUCGAGGGCUACCAGAAUGGCGAAUGAACGAAUGAAGAGUGCAGCUACCAAGGAGGCCUCGGCUUUGGCAGAAUAUCGCGGGAUUAUGGCGGAGAAACAGCUCGCAGAGGAAGAAAGGGCUCGAUAUGAAACCCUAUACCAUGACCUCUUGAGCAACGGGGAGCGGGCGGACGAAUUGGUUCACGAACUCCAAGAAACAAAGAAGCAGCUUAAGCAAACGCAAGCGCUGUUGAAGGUACAGAUGUCGAACAAAGAGUCAUCAUCCAACACCAAGAUGAUCGAGUUCAUUAUUGCUCUUCAAACAAAAUUGGAGUCUAAGUCCAGGCAGUUGAAGCGUGCACAGUAUGAGUUGAACCAGCGGAUUCAGAAGCACUAA